AUGGCCGCCCCACCUCCACCGCCUCGCGGUCUCUCCCUCUACGAGAACCUUCACGACCCCAACGACCCGUCCCCCUCAGCCACCAUCUCCUCCGCGCCGGUCCUCUACAACCAAGACACCGCCGCCGCCGCCGCCGCCAAGAAGCCCAUUGACCCCGCGCUGCGCUUCCAGCCCACGCGCCGUCCUCCGCCCGCCAAGCCGAGCAACAAGCCACCCAAAUCCCUUGCCAAACCACCUGCUGCCGCGCCCACACAAGCUGCCCCGUCCGAGACCGCAGCCGCGGCCAAGAGCUCGCUCGCCGACUGGGCCGCCGCGCCCGCCGACGACGAGGAGUGGCUGUACGGCGGCGCGGGCGAGAAGCGCCAGCGCGGCGGGCGCAAGGCCAGGAAGAAGCGCGAGCGGGAGCAGCACCGCCCGAUGGAGACGGACUGGGAUGACGUGUAUGACCCGGCGCGGCCGACGAAUGUGGACGAGUACCUGAGGAGUGACGAGAAGGUGGACGAGGUGCGCGAGUGGAAGGCGCUGCUGUACCGCCACCGCAAGGGCAAGGCGCCGGAGAGCGACGUGUCGUCAGAGGACGAGGACGAGAGAACGACGAUACGUCCGCAUAAUCAAUUCGCCCCUCCGCCUUCCUACGGCGCCGUCCCUCCACCACCAGCCUCCCCUCCCACCACAACCGCCGCAGCACCAACGCCUCCCGACAAUGCCUCGGGCGACGACGCAUACGCCCGCCGGCUCGCCAUUUCCUCCUCCCAAGCACCACCACCUCGCGCCACCUCCUCCACCACCAUAUCCUCCGCGCCCAUCCUCUACACCACGACCGAACCGCAACAAGACCCUCCCCCGUCCUCCUCCUCGCCACGCUCCGCCCUGCCCGGCCAAGCCGGCUUCGCCCACCGGCUCAUGGCCAAGUACGGGUGGGCCUCCGGCACCGGUCUGGGCGCCGACUCGUCGGGCAUCGUCAACCCGCUGCGGGUGCAAGUCGAGAAGCGCCGGCGCAAAGCCGACGCCGACGGCGGCGGCUGGGCCGAACCCGCCAACAAGGCCAAGAUUGUUGGCGGCGGCGGGAAGCGCGCCGGCGCCGCCCAAGAGCUCAGCGACGUCGUCGUCCUGCUCCACAUGGUCGACAAUAUGCCCGACCUGGCGGCCGAGGUGGAAAAUGGCCUGGGGCAGGAGAUUGGCGAAGAGUGCGGCGAAAAGUAUGGACGUGUAGAGCGGGUAUAUAUUGACACGGCGACGCAGCGCGUCUUCAUCAAGUUUACUGACCAAAUAUCUGCACUCAAGGCAAGUUGA